UGGACAUAGGUUAGGUACUCUCUAGUAAGCUAGAACAGCCUCUAACUAAGCAGCUCAUCUCAUCUCUCCCAUCAGCGAGUAAUUAAGUAGUACAGAUUCGCAUGUUCUUCAGAAUAAUUCGGGCUUUUUUUUGUUGUUAUGCUUUUUUUGUCAAGCACUUUACCAAAGGGCAUGUUAAUAGAAUUUUCAACUGUAAUAUGUUCUACAUUUGUAUCAUUGCCACUUUCCCUGUUGAAUCCUUAGUUACCUCUCUUGGUGUUAAAUGUCUACAUUUUCAUUUUUUUUAUCAUUGCAGUACGUACCAGGUAUGAAAACUUAAGCUGUAUAUCCCACUCUCUGUUGGGGUAGAUUUGUAUAUGUUAGGAACUUGAAAUGGAUUCUUCUACCAUUCUGAUGUGGAACCUAACUAAACUUCAAUUUUCGAAAACUCGAUCACUCAUUUAUAAAAGCCGUAUUGAAUCGAUCUAGUUACCAGUAAGCAGAAAGAGAUGGGUCAUAAGGACUUUUUUGCCCACAUUAUCAAUGUCCUCCAUGUGGAACAUGAGUGGGCUUUCAUAGGCAAGGGUAGUUGAUUAAAUAUUUUCCAUAGGCAAGGUUGUUGGUUAAAGACUUGCACUUAAGCAUGUGUGGCAGGAACACGAAAACAAAAACAAACAAACAAACAAACAAAUAAAAACUGUGGAGGCAGAAGAAGAAGCUUGGCUGUUAGUGAUGUCGAUUGUUGUGGAUGUCAACAGAGUAUCAGAUAUCUGUGAGAGUUCAAGUAGGAGAACCCGAGAUGAAAGUGUCUUUGAGAAAUUGAAGAAGGCGGCUCGAGAUGGAGACAUCGAAGAAUUGUAUAAACUGAUAGCUGAAGAGCAAAACAUUCUAGACCACUUUGAUGAAGUGCCUUUCUGUGAGACGCCACUACACGUGGCAGCUGAAAACGGGAAAACCCAUUUUGCGAUGGAACUAGUGACUCUUAAGCCCUCGCUUGCAUUGAAGCUAAACGUGUCAGGCUUCAGCCCAAUCCAUUUAGCCCUGCAAAACAACCACGUGAGAAUGGUUAGAGGGUUUAUAGCAAUCGACAGCAGCUUAGUUAGAAUCAUGGGAAGAGGGAGGAUUACCCCUUUGCACCAUGUGGCUAGAAUAGGUGAUGCAGAAUUGCUUAGUGAGAUCUUGAUGGCUUGUCCCUCUUCAAUAGAAGAUUUAACAAUAAAGCGUGAGACAGCUGUGCAUAUUGCGGUAAAGAACCACCAGUUUAUGGCGUUCAAGGUUCUGUUUGGAUGGAUCAAGAGAGCGAAUAGGGUGGAAAUCUUGGAUUGGAAGGAUGAAGACGGUAACACAGUCUUCCAUAUUGCUGCAGCUAUCAAUCAGACUGAGGUCAUGGCGUUGCUACGUAAAAGCGUUAAAAUAGCAGCCAAGAAUUUGAAUGGCAAAACGGCGAUGGACAUAUUCGAAGCUCACCAGCCUCCUUGUUUCCCUGAAGCAAGAACAAUUCUCCAUACUGCCAAAGAAAGGCUAUUUAGUUGUUCCACAAUAACUCUUGCAGAAUAUUUGAGCAAAGAUCUAACGUUUCUCGAGAAACGGAACAAUUUCUUAGGGCUGAGCAAUUUAAGCAUAUCUAGAGCCAGACCUCUAACCAGUAGCCAUCGCCGUGAUGCAAUAUAUGUGGUGGUUAUACUUAUAAUAACAACUUCAUUCCAGGCUGGUUUUAGUCCUCCAGGCGGAUUUUGGCAGGAGGACGGCAUGGAUCAUCACUACUUCUAUCACAAAGCUGGGCAAAUGACUAUGUCUUUCUCCAAUGCCUUAAUUUUUAAUGGCUUCAACGGGUUUGCCUUCUUAUCAUCCCUAUACGUGAUCAUGAUCCUCACAAUUGGACUUCCCAUGUGGAAGUUAAUCUAUUGUUCAACGGCGUGUUUAGGUCUCGCUUUGUUAGCAUCAUACGGCACUAUAUUCCCGUAUCCUAACAGCUAUAUAGGGUAUAUCCCAUUGAUCGCCUUCGUCUAUGCAUUCCCAUCGAUUGUCACAAUCAUGCUGUUUAGUGUUUUCAUGGCAUUCAUUGUUGACAAACGUGGCCGGAGACUAGUAGACUUCCCGGCGAGCUGCUUCAGCUCAUCUCAUGAGUUGUCGCUAUGAUCAUUAGAAUACGUUGAAAACAUGAUACCAUGCACGAGGAAUAUUAGUUAUCUUUCAAUGUGGGACUAUGAUGUGUGGAGCCAAAGAGAGAACCAAAGAAGAGUUUGAAAGUUCUUGCUAUAUGGAUCCUUUAAUUGUAUGGAGACUGUAAUGGGACACUUGUAACAGAAAUAAACUAUUAUGUGUUUUUCAAGCUAGCUAGUGUUAUGAAUUUAAAUUGUCAACUAGUUCGUUCUAAUAACUAGUUUCUCAGCUGAAAUUAAACGCUGUUUAUUUCAUACUCUUUCGUUCAUUUCAUUUUGCUGAUCUUUUUUUCCUUGAUUAUUUGUUGCUUGCUGAGUCUUGUUUUGCUUCUAGAAAAUUGAUUAAUAUUUAGAGAACGUACACAAAAGUGGCAGAUAGACUAGAGGAUAUAGUUUUCAAGGUUGAGUAUUGAAAACAUGUACAAAUUACAAUGACCAUUACUCAGAGGAAGUCUGGAAGGGGCUAACACAGAAUUUGCUCUCUACACAGUAUAUGAGUCAAUGAAAUCAUAUUAUGCAACUCCUUCUGGAACAGGCUCGGGACAGAACUCAGUUAUUCAUAAUGAGAUACGUAACGGUAUUUUUUCAAAAAAAAAAGAGAUACGUAACGGUAUCUCAUGUAACAAUGUAUGUCAUAUGGUGAAAAAGCAAUCAACCGAAACAUGGUGAAUCGCCCAGCAAAAAUCAUCCAAAUGGUAGACAGACAGGUUCGCAAUCGUCUAUCAUCAGUCCGAGGUAUGUG